AUGUCAGAUAUCAACAUGGAAGGCCAAGAGCCAGUCGCAGCAGCUCCAGCUACUACCAACGAGCAAGUAAAGAUCGAAACAGAAACUGCUGCUGCUGCACCAAUUGAGCCAGAAACCACAUCAGCUACCGAGCCAGAAAUCAAGGACGAGAAGAUGGGAGAUGCUGAAGGUACAACUGAAACCAAGGAAGAGAAAGUAGAGGCUGCCAAUGGCGAUGUCAAGAAGGAGGAGGAAGAUGAGAAGAAGGACAAGAAGUUCAACUAUGACGAGCCAAGAUUUUACGAAAAUGGAGUUUUGAAGACAAAUGCCAAUGAGGUGCAUGGUCAGAACAACAGCAAAUAUGAUGCUUCAGUUCUCCCUGCAUCUAAUGAUGAGGGAUUAAUUCGCCGACAAGUUGAAUUCUACUUCGGUGAUUCCAAUUUACCGACCGAUCAAUUCUUGAUGAAGACCACUGGAGGUGCAGAGAAUAAGCCAGUCUCAAUCGCAACUAUCCACUCGUUCAAGCGCAUGCAGCGAUUUCAACCAUACUCCUUGGUCGUCGAGGCACUCAAGAAAAGCAAACUCCUUGUAGUUGAAGGAGAGGAAGGAAAGGAGACUGUCAAGCGCGCAAAGGCCUUCGAUCCAUCUGCAAAGUCUCCAAAACGUGAGGCACGAUCAGUUUACAUCAAGGGCUUCGGCGAUGAGGAACCCAGUUCUCAAUUCGACAUCGAAGCUUUCGUUGCUCCAUACGGUGAGGUCAACUCUGUUCGUCUUCGUCGUACCGAAGAAAAGCUUUUCAAGGGAUCUGUCUUUGUUGAAUUUGCCGAUGAAGAAACUGCUCAAAAAUUCAUCGCUCUUGACCCAAAGCCACAAUGGAAGGGAAAGCAUGUUUUGGAAAUCAAGUCCAAAACUCAAUAUAUGGAAGAGAAGAAUGAAGAAAUCCGAAAUGGUACGUUAGUUCCAGGUCAACACAGAGGACGUGGAGGACGCGGAAACUUCAGAGGCCGUGGUCGCGGUGGAAACUUCGUCAAGAAAGAGCGCAAUGGGGAAGGCGAUGGAGACCGUGAUCCAAAUGACUGGAAGAAGAGACGUGAAAGUGACAGAGAGAACGGAUUCCGAGGUGGUCGUGGAGGUGGCCGUGGUGGAAGAGGGAAUGGUAAUGACAGAAAGGGUGGUCGCAAUGAUCGUGGACCACGAAACAAUGAUCGCAAUAAGGAGAAGAACGGUGACGACAAGGAAGUCAAGACCGAAGUUUCUGCUACAGAAACUGCUGCCGCACCUCCAACAAACGACAAAAAGAGAACCAGAGAAGAUGAUGGAGGAGCCGAUGAACAUCAAAACAAGAAAGAGAAGACGACUGCAGCCGAGGUUCCAGCCCAAGCGUAA